GACUUCCAGGUAAAACCAAAUUUUAUCAUUUUCAAUUUUCAAAGUUAGAGUUAUGGAAAGUGUAUUUUUCUAAAGAAGCAGGUGGUAAAGAAAUUCUUUUUGUUUUACUUUUUAAUAAUGACUUUAAUUUUGAACAACUUCCUUCGAUCCUUAUUACUCAACCUCUUACAUUAAAACGUCAAUG